GAUCAUUUUUUCCAUUUCAAUGAUUUCAUCGUUCGCUCUUUUCACUUUCUCCAUGCAAAUAGUUCGAAAGGGAACCGGCUGUAGCACAGUAGCACUUCACCUCUAUCGAUUUCCAUACAGUUUUACGCCAAUUUCAACUAAUUUUCUCUUAUCUUGGAUUAAAUUUCAUCAAUUUCAUUUCUUUCACCCUAAUUCUCAUAGAUUCUAGUUAAACCCACUAAGGCACCAGUUGGGUUCUCCAUAUCCAUUAAAUGCCAUCCAAUUAAGCUGAAGAUUUUCUCUGGGUGGCGAAUUUAGCAACACCCGCGGGGACCUAAGAGAUUGAAGAGUAAGUCAGCGAAGAAAGAAAAAGGAGCUUGAGUUCUCUCUUUAACCGAGUGCGGUGGUUCAAGUUGUGAAGCCCGUCCGCUCAAUCCCUUACUGUUCAGAGUUGAGUAUUUGGAAGAGAAAUUAGAGAAAUUCGGGGAUAAAACCCUCUCGGGUACAUGGCUUAGCUUCUUUCAAGCUUCAAGUGGACUAUUUCAAGUUCUAAAUUUGAAAUGGAGGGCUCAAGCAGAAGUAGAGGAGAAGAAGCUGAUCAGGUGACUGAAAAUGUUCAUUAUAUUGAGUUGAGGAGGAGCAUUUGCAAAGGAGAGUGGGAUGGAGUAAAGCAGUUUUUUGUUGAUCACAAGUAUCCACUAAAUACAAUAAUAUUAUCAGACUACACUGCUCUUCAUGUUGCAAUCGAGUCCGGGCAAGAUACGAUUGCCGAGGAAUUGGUAAACAUGAUGUCAGAAACAGAUCUGGAAAUAAGAAAGGGUAGACCUGGGGCUGAAGGUCACACGCCUCUUUCCUUAGCUGCAUGGACGGGAAGAACACAUGUCGCAAAAUGCUUGGUCCAAAAGAACAGCAAGCUACUUACAAUUGAAACUAACAAAGGCUAUAUCCCAGUAACUGUCGCAAGUUCUGUUGGCAACAAGGAGAUGACAAAGUACCUCUACUCUAUCACCCCACAUGAGGUCUAUGGACCAGAAAAAGUCAUUCAUGGAUUCCGUCUGAUCUACUGGAGUAUAGCUAACAAAAUGUUAGGUAGGUAAAUGAAUAAUCAAACUUUUUUAUUUUGUUGUGUCUUAGCUAGCAAACUGACAGAGUCUUUUAGUUUUUUAUGGAUUUGCUUCCGAUUAAAUACUAAAAUUUUUUAUCAGUGACGUUAUAUAUGUGUGCCUAGAUAUUUACCAAACUAAGGAGGUUGAUCAUAAAUAUAAUUGACUUGUUGAAAUAUUUCUACCGGAGUGACUUUUCUCCUUGUUAUUGAGAAACCAGAUAUUUGUUUGGAUCUACUUCAGCGCAACCCAAGCUUGAGUGUUACUACAAACAAGGAAAUACAGUGGAUGUCUACUCUUCGUACAUUGUCCAGUCAACCUUCUGUAUUCUCUAGUGGAUAUCAGCUUUGGUUUUGGCAAAGAUGGAUUUAUC